CACCAGCUAAACCUCAGCCUCAGCCUCAACAAUCAACAGAUUGAAGAACUUUUCACUUUCAGACUCUUUUAACAAGAACAACUAGUAGGAUUUAUGCCAUUUACACUCCCUAUUGUACCUCCGCUUCUCUCCCUUGAAUUAUUAUCCAAAUUCCAGAUUCACAAUCACCGCCACCACAGCAACAAGAAGGAGCUGAAUCAUUUUCUCCAUUGUUUGACCAACUUCGUUGCUUCUGAUGGACUCCAACUCCAGGUCCCUGCUGCGCCUGAUAAGCCACCAAUCGUUCUUCUCCACCGUCCGAUCGGGCGACCUGGAGUCACUCAGGCGUCUGAUCGAGGAUGAAGGGUCCGAUCGAGCGGCUCUCAUGGCGCUUCAGAACGAUUCCGGCGAGACGGCGCUGUACAUCGCGGCGGAGAACAACUUGGAAGAGGUGUUGAGUUAUUUGGUCAAGUUUUGUGAUCUUCAGGUCGCUGUGAUCAGGUCCAAGUCCGAUAUGAACGCCUUUCACGUCGCCGCCAAGCGCGGCCACUUGGGGAUUGUGAAACAACUCUUGGGCUUGUGGCCUGAGCUCUGUCUGGUAUGUGACUCAUCAAACACCAGCCCACUUUAUUCAGCUUCUGUAAAGGACCACUUGGAGGUGGUGAAUGCCAUAUUAGAUUCAAAUCCUAGCUGUUUGAGGAUAUUGCGGAAAAAUGGAAAAACUGCCUUACAUACAGCUGCAAGAUAUGGCCUUAUUUAUAUUGUUAAAGCACUUAUUGACAGAGACCAACAAAUUGUCUCUGUCAAAGAUAAAAAGGGCCAGACAGCACUGCACAUGGCUGCAAAAGGUCAGGAUACUUCAGUCAUUGAGGAAUUAUUACUUGCUGAUCUCAAAAUACUAAAUGAACGUGACAAAAAAGGGAACACAGCCAUCCAUGUAGCCACGAGGAAAUGCCGCCCACAGAUUGUUAACGUUUUGUUGAACUACACAUCUGUUGAUGUGAACGCCAUUAAUAAUCAGCGCGAAACUGCAAUGGAUUUAGCAGAUAAACUCCAAUAUGGAGAAUCUUCAUUGGAAAUUAAGGAAGCUCUAAUUGAAGCUGGCGCAAAGCAUGCAAGGCACGUGGGCAAAGUAGAUGAAGCGAUGGAACUCAAAAAGGCUGUGAGCGAUAUAAAGCACGAGGUGCACUCACAAUUCAUACAAAACGAGAAAACCAAUAGGCGGGUUUCUGGUAUAAGGAAGGAACUCAAGAAAAUCCACCGAGACGCUGUCCAGAAUACCAUUAAUUCUGUCACAGUUGUUGCUGUUCUGUUUGCCUCCAUAGCUUUCUUGGCAAUGUUCAACUUACCAGGCCUAUAUGUUGACAGUGGUCCAGAUGUCGGGAAAGCUAGAAUAGCCAACACGGUUGCGUUCCGCCUAUUCUGCCUCAUGAAUGCGACAUCCCUCUUCAUAUCUUUAGCUGUUGUUGUGGUUCAGAUCACUUUGGUUGCCUGGGACACAAGCGCUCAGAAGCUGGUGGUUUCAGUAAUCAACAAGCUCAUGUGGGCUGCCGGCCUCAGCACUUGUGGCGCUUUCCUAUCGAUCGCCUUUGUGGUGGUGGGGAAGCAGAAGCAAAGUUCAUGGAUGGCCAUUACUAUCACAGUGAUUGGAGCUCCAAUUCUUAUGGGGACUCUUGCCAGCUUGUGCUAUUUUGUCUUCCGGCAACACUUCGGGAUUGGCAGCGACUCCCAGAGACGCAUCAGAAGGGCCAGCGGUAGCAAAUCUUUUUCCUGGUCCUAUUCUGCCAAUAUUUCGGAUUUUGAUGAGUAUGACUCGGAUCAUGAGAAGAUCUAUGCGCUGUGACUGUUAGAUAACGAAACAGAUGAUUCUAUCUUGGUUUCUGUUUUGUCUUUUGCUGCUGUCAUUGCGAAAUGAAGCUUCAGCAAUCAGUAUUGUGCAAGGGAUCUGCCGAAACAAAAAAAAGGGUUGUAGAUUUUGUAUAUGAGUGUAUUGGACUUGAACCUUUCCUGAUCUAAUGGAUGGUUGUUAUGACGUUCGUCUAAUCAUAUCCAGUUAUUUCUUUCUUCUUU